AUAGAUCCGUUGCGAAUUCAUCAAAGCGCAAGGGAUAUAUAUACAUAAAGAAAUGGCGAGAAAGAUUGUUUUCUCUUCACUACAAUGGUUGGAUUCUCGCUUAUGUUGGGAAGUUACCAUCUCCUUGCUCGGACUAUUCAUUCUUAGUUGCAUAUUUCAGAGACUCUUCAACAAGGGUCCAAUGCUAUGGCCAUUUUUUGGGAUAACACCUUCGAUUCUCCUUCAUAUCAACAACCUUUAUGAUUGGAUGACCGAGUCUUUGAUCAAAGCUGGGGGAACCUUCCACUUCAGGGGAGUGUGGAUUGGAGGGGUCUUUGGAAUCAUGACUGCUGAUCCUUCCAACAUUGAAUACAUGCUUAAAUCAAAGCUCGAGAAUUUUCCUAAAGGUAAGUACUACAGAGAGAGGUUUUCUGACUUUCUUGGGGAUGGUAUUUUUAAUGCUGACGAUGAAUUAUGGAAGGGACAAAGGCGAAUUGCAACCUCUGAGAUGCAUUCUAGGUUCUUUGUUGAGCGCUCAUUUCAAACCAUGAAAGACUUGGUGCACCAGAAGCUGCUGAAAGUAUUAGAGAAGCUGUCGGAGUCGGAGGGUCGCUUUGAUCUCCAAGGAGUUCUUCUUCGCUUUACUUUUGAUAACAUCUGCACUGCUGCUUUUGGUACUGAUCCUGGGUGCCUGGCACUUGAUUUACCUGAAGUUCCUUUCGCAAAAGCUUUCGAAGAAGCCGCAGAACUGAGUAUGUUCAGAUUUAUUUUGCCACCCUUUGUAUGGAAGCCCAUGAGAUACUUUGGGAUCGGAUACGAGAAGCGGCUCAAAGAGGCAAUAAAAAUAGUGCAUGAUUUUGCCGAGAAGACUGUGGCACGUCGAAGGAAUGAUUUCAUCAAGUUUGGAAGCUUGAAUGAUGAUCAUCAUUCUGAUCUCUUGUCAAGACUUGUUCAAGAAUCUGAGCUAGAUAAUUAUAAGAACAUGCAUUUUUCAGACAAACUUCUGAGAGAUUUCUGCAUUAGUUUAAUCUUAGCAGGGCGAGACACGAGCUCUGUGGCAUUGACAUGGUUCUUCUGGUUGAUACAAAAGAACCCAGAAGUAGAAAGCAGAAUUGUGUGUGAGAUUAAUGAAGUAUUGGGUUGUCGCAAGUCUUAUAAGAAUGAACUAGACGACGUAGUUUUUACGUUGGAAGAACUGAAAAGUAUGGUGUAUUUACAGGCAGCAUUAUCAGAAUCUCUAAGGCUUUAUCCUUCAGUGCCAAUUGACGUGAAAGAAGUCAUAGAAGACGAUGUUUUUCCGGACGGUACCGUGGUUAAAAAGGGAGCUCGGGUUUUCUACUGGAUUUUCUCAAUGGCGAGAAUGGAAUCCAUAUGGGGAAAAGACUGCUCAGAGUUUAAGCCAGAGAGGUGGAUUAAAGAUGGGAAGUUUGUGAGCGAGAACCAGUACAAGUACGCUGUGUUUAAUGCCGGUCCAAGAUUGUGUCUGGGGAAGAAGUUUGCUUACAUGCAGAUGAAAAUGGUAGCUGCUUCGAUCCUGUUCAGGUAUGAAGUUAAGGUUGUGGAAGAUCAUAAAGUUGCUCCUAAAGUGACAACCACUCUUUACAUGAAGAAUGGUUUGCUGGUUACUCUCAAGCCUAGGUUGGUCGAUCGCCGAUGAAUAGUCUUUUUAAGUACUUGUUUCGGAUUGAUGUAUGAAAUUUAACUUUUAGCUGUAGAGCUUUUAAUUGCAGAACUAUAUAAAGAAGUUUGUUUUACUAUUGAAAAAUUACUUACUAUUUGGUAAUGAUA